AUGCCCACCGUGCUUCGCAAUGGGCGCAAAGUCCCGCACGUCGACGAAGAACCCUCCCCAAUGACAGACUCACCACGCUCGGAGUCGACUCGCUACCCGCCUUCAGCCUGGCUACUUGUACUCUACCCGGUCGUACUCGCUACUGGCUCCCUCUUCUCUGUCCUCUCCCCAGUGGCGUCUUCACAAGAUGCGUCCGAUCACCGUCACAAUUACUUUGCGGGCAAGCGCAACUUCAUAAACCUCUACUUCGUCAAACUCGGCUGGUUUUGGACAACAGUUGCCUUCGGGUUCCUUCAGAGUACGAAUCGCUCGCCCUCGAGCUCAAAAUCAAGGCACUACUCCCAAGCGUUCACGCGCUUUGCCAUAGUCACUAUGGUCUGGUAUCUAACCACCCAGUGGUUCUUUGGCCCAGCUCUGAUCGACCGCUCAUUCACAAUAACAGGUGGACACUGCGAAUCACCACCUCUCAGCGAGCUGUCUGACUUCAAAGAAUCCAUCACAUUUCCCACCAUCGCCUCCGCGACCUACUGCAAGGCCAAAGGCGGCCGAUGGCGCGGAGGCCAUGACAUCUCUGGGCAUAUCUUCAUGCUGGUGCUUUCUUCCGCCUGCUUGGUGUACGAAUUGUACAUCGCCGACAGCCACUCAGCGCAUCCACACGUGUCACCAGCUGCGGCAGCGAAGCUUGCGCACGACUUAACAGACGAGGAGCGGAAAGCUGUGGGAGGCUGGGAGUCUGAGACGGCAGCAAGAGUACGGAUGUAUGCUCGCUACUUCCUAUGGGGCGUUGUGGCCCUCGACGUGUGGAUGAUCAUGAUGACAGCGAUCUGGUUCCAUACUUGGUUGGAGAAGCUGAGCGGACUUGUGCUCGCGGCUGCGGCGAUAUGGGGCGUCUACUUUCUCCCAGAGGCAGUGCCUGGGUGGAGGACUGUGGUAGGCGGGUUCGAGUAA